GUGGCGCCCCUAUAAUAUACGCCUUGACUAUAUAUAUAUAUAUAUAUAUAUAAGGUAUAUAUAUACACAUGUAUAUACAUGAUAACGCACGACACCCGAAAAUAUAACCUAACAUGAUUUGAAUCCAGACGUAAUACACGUGCAGGAAGUCGAGAUUUUUUAGUCAGUUAGUUUUGGUUAAAUCGUGUGUAAAUACUCUAUUGAUGACAGGAAGAAUUUUUGUAUAAUAGAAUUCAAAUAUGUUAACUUCAAAGACUUUCUACCGAAAGACCAAAGGUGGCAACAUCUACAAGGUUGUGAGAGAACACUAUUUGAGAGAUGAUAUUUGGUGUGGCUCAGAAGCGUGUGAAAGGUGUGGGCGUAGAAAUAAGGAUAUUAUGCUCGAUGAUGAGAAUCCUGGUGCUAAGAGCAGUUUGUUCUCCCAACCUCAUUACUUAGUUUUUGAUACGAAUAUUAUACUUAAUCAGAUAAAUAUUCUAGAGGAGAAUAUUUUGUGCAACGUCAUCAUUCCACAAACUGUACUUGAAGAGGUACGACACAGAAGUUCUAAUGUUUAUAAGAAGCUCAAAGAAAUUAUUGGAGAUCCUAGUAGAAAGUUUUAUGUUUUUGUAAAUGAACAUCAUAAAGAUACUUACAUUGAGCGCAAGCCAGGAGAAAUUGUAAAUGACAGAAAUGACAGAGCUAUUCGAACAGUUGCCAAGUGGUAUAAUUCUCAUUUAAGUGCACAAAAAAUUAACAUAAAAGCUAUUUUACUUACUGACGAUGAGGACAACAAAAACAAAGCAGAAGAGGCUGGGAUCCCAGUUGCUACCAUGAAAGAUUAUGUUAGCUCACUGGAAAACGCAGGAUUCCUCGUUGAUAAACUUGCUAGAAAAGAUUAUGUAUUGGAUGGAGAGGGUCGAGAGCCACUGUUUCCUUGUCAUCUAUCACCUUCACAGCUGCAUGAGGGUAUUAAAAAUGGCAAAUUUCUGCAAGGUACAUUUUUGGCAUCCAGAGAAAAUUUCUUGGAAGGAAGUGUCAAUUGUGAGAGCAUUGAGAAAUUCGUUUUGGUGCAAGGAAGGGAGGGUUUGAACAGAGCGGUGGAUGGUGACACAGUUGCCAUAGAACUUUUGCCAGAAGAUCAGUGGUCAGCUCCUAGUGACAUCAUUCUGCAGGAUGAAACAGAGGACGAUCCAGGUGAUGUAUUGGACGACGAAAAAAUUUUAACAGAAAACAAAACAGUAGCACCUGCAGAGAAGACACCCACAGGUAGAAUUGUGGGAAUCAUCAGGCGAAAGUGGAGACAGUACUGUGGAAUAUUACAACGCAGCGCUCUGAAAGAAAACACACGGCAUCUUUUCGUACCAGCCGAAAGAAAAAUUCCAAAAGUCAGAAUUGAAACAAGACAGGCAGAGACUUUGAGCAAGCAACGGAUCAUCGUAGCGAUAGAUUCCUGGCCUCGAAAUUCUAGAUAUCCACUGGGACACUUUGUUCGCGCAUUGGGUGAAAUUGGCGAUAAGGAUACUGAAAACGAAGUCUUACUGUUGGAACACGACGUGCCACAUAGUAGAUUCUCAGAUGAAGUUUUGAGCUUCUUGCCAAAGCUACCUUGGGUUAUCACCGAAAGUGAUGUCGCCCAGAGACGAGAUCUUCGUCACAUCGACGUCUGCUCUGUAGAUCCGCCUGGCUGCACGGACAUCGAUGAUGCUCUUCACUGUCGCGAUCUGCCCAACGGAAACCUCGAGGUUGGCGUGCACAUCGCUGACGUCUCGCACUUCAUCCGUCCUGGUACAGCCCUGGACAAGGAAGCCGCGCUCAGGGCCACCACCGUCUACCUUGUUGACAAGCGCAUAGAUAUGGUACCCGAAUUACUCAGCUCGAACCUGUGCUCGCUGAGGGGCAACGAGGAGCGCUUCGCCUUCUCCUGCGUCUGGGAAAUCGAUCACGAGGCCAACAUUAUUAGCAUAGACUACUUUAAGUCGAUUAUCCUGUCGCGAGCUGCUAUGACCUACGAAGAGGCGCAGCUGAAGAUCGACGACAAGACGCAGAAUGACGCGGUAGCCAAGAGCCUCAGGAACCUUAAUAUGCUCGCUAAGAAGUUGAAGAAGAGGCGUUUGGAAAAUGGAGCUCUGGUGUUGGCAUCUCCGGAGAUUCGUUUUCAAGUGGACAGUGAGACACACGAUCCGAUAGAUGUCCAGGCCAAACAGAUGCGUGAGACCAAUUCCAUGGUCGAGGAGUUCAUGUUGCUGGCAAACAUCUCUGUAGCCAAGAAGAUCCUCGAGGAGUUCCCCGAGUGCGCAAUGCUGCGUCGUCACCCGGAGCCGCCUCAGGUGAACUUCGACCCGUUGAUCAAGGCCGGCAGACAUCAAGGCUUCGAGAUCAACACGAGCAGUGGCAAAGAGUUGGCCAAGUCCCUCGAAGCUGCCCAGAAGGAGAACAAUCCUUACUUCAAUACGAUGCUCAAGAUCCUCGCCACCAGGUGUAUGAUGCAGGCGGUUUACUUUACCAGCGGUAUGGUGCAGGAGACUGAGUUCUUCCACUACGGUCUGGCGUGCCCAAUUUACACGCACUUCACGUCUCCCAUUAGAAGGUAUGCCGACGUGAUAGUUCAUCGACUGCUGGCGGUGUGCGUAGGCGCAGACGCCACCUACCCAGAUUUGCUGGAUAAGAAGAAAAGCCACGCGCUUUGUCACAAUCUCAAUUACAGAAACCGAAUGGCGCAGUAUGCCGGCAGGGCCUCCGUGGCAUUGAACACGCACUUGUUCUUCAGGAAUAAGGUACAGGAGGAGGAGGGUUACAUUCUUUUCGUGCGCAAGAACGCGCUACAGAUUCUCAUCCCGAAGUUUGGCCUCGAGGGUACUCUGUACCUGAGCAAGAAGGGCGAGACGUCGCCAGUGACCUUCAUCUACGACGAGGAGGAACACACGCAGCGUUGCGGCGACAUCAUCUUCCGCUCGUUCGAUCAAGUGGUCGUGCAGCUGAGCCUUGACCGGUCGAACGUCCAGCACGAGAAGCUGGUCUUCAAACUCGUCAAGCCAAUGAUUCCGGGCUUCAGUAUUCCUUCGAGCAGUGAGGGUACAGCCGCUGACAAGCCGGCCGAGGAGCCGAUGGAGCUGUCCGAGGAGAUCCCUCAGAAGCGGAAGGACGAGCAAGAAAUCGAGCCGGAAGAGGCGCCGACGACGAAGAAAGGAAGAAAGAAGAAGAGGAGGAAAUACUGAGCGUCAAGUGCGCGCGGCCUGUAUAUUUGUUAUUUGACGUAUGAUUAUACAAAUGACUCUAGUGUAUCCGACGAAGAUCGUAAGAAUAUCAACUUUUUUUCUCAGAAAAAAAUA